AUGAAGACAGAGGUGGAGGUCACGGAAGAGGAGACCUCCUGGGUGUCUUCACUGCGAUUCCGCGUCCGUCGUUCCGGCAGCCACGGUGGCUUCAGGCGCACUCGAAGCCACAGCGACAUCUACCCCACCCCACCUGGACUGAACAGCAGCUGCGGGUUUAUCUUCGAGGCCCCGGAGGUGGAGGACUUCGAGCUCGAGCCCGUGUCCAAUGCAGGGCCAAAGCCAGCCUGGGAGGACAGCAAGGCAACGUCCAAGAAUGUGGUGCUGUUGAUCGAAAUGGAGCUCAUGGGGCCCCCUCCUGGUGGCACGGUCUCGGAUGAGCGGCAGACGCUGACGCUUCGAUCCUGGCUGAAGCGGGAGACUCGAACGCUUUCGGAUGCCGCAGACAUCUUCGGAUCGUUGAUGCUUUCCGUGCGCCACAUCCACCGCAAGCGCAUCGUUCAUGCCGACUUGAAGCCCGACAACAUCUUCUGCGUAGCCGAGCGCGCAAAGGUCCGAGUGGUCCGCAUUGGCGACUUUGGCCUUGCAGGCGAGAACCAGCUGUUCCGACAGUUCGACCAGUUUUCUUCUGACAUGCUGACAACCCGCAGCGGUCUCACUGGCGGUACUCCUGGCUAUGCCGCGCCGGAGAUACUGCAGUCUGUUCGACAAGGACGGCGCGCGGCAUGUUCUGACAAAGUCGACAUCUACUCCUGUGCUGUCAUCCUCCUCGAGUUGUUGCUGCAACCUUUCCGGACGCACAUGGAGCGCAUCGUCACCUUCGACAAGUUCAACCAUGAGCAGGUAGUGCCGGGAUACAUCAUCAGCCGACUCCCAAAGACGCGAGCCUUGCUCGGGGAGAUGGCAGAAAAUGACCCGGCAGACAGGUUGUCUGCAGAGGAGGUGUGCAAACGCUUCGACAAAGAGGUGCGCAAGGAGCUUUGCCGCUGUGCUGCGCAGCUUUGCGGCGAGCUUUGCGAGGCGCUAAAGCCCUCGGGUGGCAACGGAAUGGACGCUGGCAGAGCGGCCGAUUCUGCGAGGGCUACGGAGGGCAACGGCCGCCGACCUGGACGCCGCGGCCACCGGAAGAACUGA